AUUUGUAUAGAGAAGCUCAUCCACGGCAAUCUCCAUUCCCCGCGUCAUUUGCCCGCCUGACGCGAACUCCACGCGUUUUCCCCCACAAAGCUACGGAGUACUCGCCCUGGAAGCCAUUGGCCUGCGAUCUAAGCUAUCAUGUCUGACUCGGAAGCGUCCGACGCCACCCCAGGCUCACCAGUACUUGAAAAGGGUCUCCGCGAUGUCGUCAGGGCGGUAUUUACUGCCUCAACCUUUCAGCCCGAGGAGCUGACGGUAAGGCGCAUGCGCGCGGCGGCCGAAGAUGCUCUCAGUCUCCCUGCCAAUUUCUUCAAGAAGCACGAUGAAUGGAACCAAAGGAGCAAGGAGAUCAUACAAUCCGAAGCUGAAGCUCAGCAUGCGCGACGGGAAGAAGAAACAACAGCUGCCGUGGGAGCCUCAGCGAAUUCUAAACAAGAUACCUCCACCAAGUCAGCCAAAUCAGCCGUAAAGAAAACGUCUACGUCAAGUCGAGGCACGAAACGCGCAUCACCGGACAGCAAACCCGCAGCCCGGAAACGGCAGAAGAAGCAGCCUACCCGAGAAUCUGAGAUCGAAGAGGAGCAACCCGUUUCGGAGAAGGAGAGCGAGGAAGAUGAGGCCCCAAAGAAGCCCCAGAGCAAGACUGGUAGGGCAAAACGUCGCAGCGUAGAGUCAGACUCUGAGGUGUCAGGCUCAGACGUAGAAGAGUCAAACAAGGUGGCCACGAAGAAUACCAGCAGCAAGUCAACAGAAAACAGCACAGAUGAAAAGCUAUCACCUCCGCCGGAAUCCGAGAGCGAGCUAUCCGAGCUGAUUGACGAAGGGCCCGUCAGAAAGAAAGGGAAGAAACAGAUCGCAUCCUCAGCAACAGCAGGCAAGAAGGGCGGGAAGAACAAAUCGGCAAAGUUAUCCAAGGAUACUUCUGACCUCGAUCCUCAGGAUGCCGAAAUCAAGCGACUCCAAUCGUGGUUACUCAAAUGCGGCAUUCGAAAAAUGUGGUAUCGGGAGCUGGCUCCAUAUGAUACCAAGAAUGCCAAGAUUGCACAUCUGCGAGACAUGCUCAAGGAGGCGGGCAUGGAAGGCAGAUUUUCAGCAGAAAAAGCCAAGCAAAUAAAAGAAGAACGGGAGCUUAAAGCGGAACUCGAGGCGGUACAAGAGGGCGCCAAGCAAUGGGGUCACUCCGGCAGUGAAAAUGAGGAGGAUGGCACCGAUUCCGGCAGAAAGCCACGAAGAAGGCUGGCAAGGGGACUCCGAGAGCUGGACUUCCUCGGCGAUGAUGAUGGAGAGGAGACAGACUGAUUUGUAGAAUUCGUCCGAAAUGGCAAGGCAACGGCUAGAUACAGGGUGGCAGUUCGUUGCAUAGAGUCGUAUUAAAAUACCAGCAGUCAUCCGCAGAUGAGCCCAUCAUAUCUUAGCCGGAUGGUAAUUUAUAAAGUAAUAAGGCUCAUGACGAUGCUAUAGUGAGAAUGAUAGAUUAUGCAUCUGAUAGAAGCUUGGCUCCGCUCAUUUUCUGAGCCAUUAAGCUAAAGACUGCAACAG